CAAAUUAUGUACCAUACAGAGAGAGAAACUAAACGGAUGUUUCAUGAUCUUCUUCAUUGAUAUAAACCUAUUGCUUCGUCGUCUUACUUUGAAUAUCUCUUCGAUUUGUUCUCUCUCUCUCUCUAUCGACGACGACGUCGACCACUGCUAAUCUCCGGCCACCGUUAUGGAAGCCAGCGCCGGUCUUGUCGCCGGUUCUCAUAACCGUAACGAACUUGUUGUCAUUCACAACCACGAAGAGCCGAAGCCUCUGAAGAAUCUGGAUGGACAAUUUUGUGAGAUAUGCGGAGAUCAGAUUGGUUUAACAGUUGACGGAGACCUGUUCGUAGCUUGUAAUGAGUGUGGUUUUCCGGCGUGUAGGCCUUGCUACGAGUACGAGAGAAGAGAAGGGACACAGAACUGUCCUCAGUGCAAGACUCGUUACAAGCGUCUUAGAGGAAGCCCAAGAGUGGAGGGAGAUGAGGAUGAAGAGGAUAUUGAUGAUAUCGAGUACGAGUUUAACAUCGAAGACGAACAUGAAAAGCAGAAGCAAUCUGCUGAGGCUAUGGCUUAUGGGAAAAUGAGCUAUGGAAGAGGCCCUGAGGAUGAUGAGAACGGGAGAUUCCCACCUGUUAUAGCUGGUGGCCAUAGUAGACAUGUAAGUGGAGAGUUUCCAGUUGGAGGAGGGUAUGGGAAUGGAGAACAUGGGAUGCCUUCUUCGCUUCAUAAGCGUGUGCACCCAUAUCCAUCAUCUGAAGCUGGGAGUGAGAGAUGGGAUGACAAGAAGGAGGGAGGAUGGCGGGAAAGAAUGGAUGACUGGAAGCUCCAGCAAGGAAAUCUUGGGCAAGAACCAGAUGACGAUCCUGAGAUGGGAAUGAUCGACGAGGCGCGGCAGCCACUCUCUCGGAAAGUGCCUAUUGCAUCAAGCAAGAUCAAUCCAUAUCGGAUGGUCAUCGUUGCGAGGCUUGUGAUUCUAGCUGUUUUUCUACGAUAUAGGCUCUUGAACCCCGUGCACGAUGCUCUGGGGUUAUGGCUGACUUCUGUCAUCUGUGAAAUCUGGUUCGCAGUCUCUUGGAUUCUUGAUCAGUUUCCCAAGUGGUUCCCCAUUGAUCGUGAGACCUAUCUAGAUCGGCUCUCCCUCAGAUACGAGAGAGAAGGUGAACCAAAUAUGCUUGCCCCAGUUGAUGUCUUUGUCAGUACUGUGGACCCGAUGAAGGAGCCUCCCCUCGUCACAGCCAACACUGUGCUGUCAAUCUUGGCCAUGGAUUAUCCAGUUGAGAAAAUCUCCUGCUACGUCUCUGACGAUGGGGCUUCAAUGCUCACCUUCGAUUCUCUCUCGGAAACUGCUGAGUUUGCAAGAAAAUGGGUUCCCUUCUGUAAGAAAUUCUCCAUAGAGCCACGGGCACCGGAGAUGUACUUCACGUUGAAAAUUGAUUAUCUCAAGGACAAAGUCCAGCCAACGUUCGUUAAGGAACGCCGAGCCAUGAAGAGAGAGUAUGAGGAGUUCAAGGUCAGGAUCAAUGCCCUCGUGGCGAAAGCUUCAAAGGUUCCUCUAGAAGGUUGGAUCAUGCCAGAUGGAACGCCAUGGCCAGGGAACAACACUAAGGAUCAUCCCGGUAUGAUCCAAGUCUUCCUCGGCCACAGCGGAGGAUUUGAUGUCGAAGGCCACGAGCUCCCUCGACUUGUAUACGUGUCCCGUGAGAAGCGGCCUGGUUUUCAGCACCACAAGAAAGCUGGUGCCAUGAACGCUCUGGUUCGAGUAGCAGGUGUACUCACAAAUGCUCCUUUUAUGCUGAACUUGGACUGUGAUCACUAUGUGAACAACAGCAAGGCCGUGAGGGAAGCAAUGUGCUUUUUGAUGGAUCCUCAGAUUGGAAAAAAGGUCUGCUAUGUUCAGUUCCCUCAAAGGUUCGACGGUAUAGACAGGCACGAUCGUUACGCCAACAGAAACACAGUCUUCUUUGAUAUCAAUAUGAAAGGUCUAGAUGGAAUCCAAGGUCCAGUUUACGUUGGUACUGGUUGUGUUUUCAAAAGACAAGCUCUGUAUGGUUAUGAACCGCCAAAGGGUCCUAAACGUCCCAAGAUGAUUAGCUGUGGUUGUUGUCCUUGUUUCGGGCGCCGGAGAAAGAAUAAGAAAUUUUCCAAGCAUGAGUCGAAUGGCGAAAUAGCAGCCCUUGGAGGAGCAGAUGGUGAUAAGGAGCAUUUGAUGUCUGAAAUGAACUUUGAGAAAAAGUUUGGGCAAUCAUCCAUCUUUGUGACCUCGACUUUGAUGGAAGAUGGUGGUGUUCCUCCGUCAUCAAGUCCUGCAGUGCUCCUUAAGGAGGCAAUCCAUGUUAUAAGCUGCGGUUAUGAAGACAAGACUGAGUGGGGAACUGAGCUGGGUUGGAUCUAUGGCUCUAUUACUGAGGAUAUUCUGACGGGUUUCAAGAUGCAUUGCCGUGGCUGGAGGUCUAUUUACUGCAUGCCUAAACGAGCUGCAUUCAAAGGUUCAGCUCCUAUUAACCUAUCAGACAGGUUAAACCAGGUUUUGCGUUGGGCACUCGGGUCUGUUGAAAUCUUUUUCAGUCGACACAGCCCUCUCUGGUACGGCUACAAAGGAGGCAAACUUAAGUGGCUAGAGCGUUUCGCUUACGCCAACACAACAAUCUACCCGUUCACAUCUAUUCCACUUCUUGCCUACUGUAUCCUUCCUGCCAUCUGUCUCCUUACCGACAAAUUUAUCAUGCCACCGAUAAGCACAUUUGCUAGUCUCUUCUUCAUCGCAUUGUUCAUGUCGAUCAUUGCAACGGGAAUUUUGGAAUUGAGAUGGAGCGGAGUGAGCAUUGAAGAAUGGUGGAGAAACGAGCAAUUCUGGGUCAUUGGAGGAAUCUCAGCUCAUCUCUUUGCGGUUGUCCAAGGUCUUCUCAAAAUCUUAGCAGGCAUUGACACAAACUUUACAGUCACAUCGAAGGCAACAGAUGACGAUGACUUUGGAGAACUUUACGCAUUCAAAUGGACAACACUGCUUAUCCCUCCAACAACUGUCUUGAUCAUAAACAUUGUCGGCGUCGUUGCAGGCAUCUCAGAUGCUAUUAACAAUGGAUAUCAGUCUUGGGGACCUCUAUUUGGUAAACUCUUCUUCUCCUUUUGGGUCAUUGUUCAUCUCUACCCAUUCCUCAAAGGUCUGAUGGGAAGACAGAACAGAACACCAACCAUUGUGGUGAUUUGGUCAGUGUUGUUGGCAUCUAUCUUCUCUUUGCUUUGGGUCAGAAUUGAUCCUUUUGUGCUCAAGACCAAAGGACCUGACACAUCCAUGUGUGGCAUCAACUGCUGA